AGAUCUCUCCGUCAUCUCCGUGUAAAAAAAUACGAACUCAAGUCAAUAUGAAACCUAAAUCAGUCCUCACCCGGUUUCACAAUUGUUACAUAUUGCGUGAUAAUAAAAUAAUUAAAGAAGAUCUGUGGAUACGCGAUGGUAAAAUUGAAAAUCCAGAACAAGUUUUUUAUGUGGAACAGCUCGAAGCAGACGUAACUGUAAAUUGUGACAAUGUACUGAUUGCACCAGGGUUCAUUGACAUCCAAAUAAAUGGUGGUUGGGGUAUUGACUUCUCAUACGACUGCAAAAAUGUAGAAAAUGGUGUCAGUAAAGUGGCAAAAGAGCUCCUGGCUCAUGGUGUGACUUCAUUCUGUCCUACCAUGGUGACGUCAGACACAGAAAAGUAUAGUAAAAUCUUGCCCAAGAUCACCAAAGCCCAAGGCGGUAAGGAUGGUGCUACAGUACUGGGGGUACACCUUGAGGGUCCAUUUAUCAGCCUAGAAAAAAAAGGAGCCCAUAUGGAUGACUACAUCAGAACCCCAGAAAAGGGAUUAGAGUCAAUCCGUGAAGUUUACGGAUCUUUGGAUAAUGUUAUCAUGGUCACGUUAGCCCCAGAACUGCCUGGAGCAACUGAGGCUAUAAAAGGCUUGACCGGCCUCGGCAUCAAGGUAGCGUUAGGUCAUUCCACUGCCAGUCUAGCACAAGGUGAAGAAGCAGUUAAAAACGGUGCUAAUUUGAUCACUCACUUGUUCAAUGCAAUGUUACCUUUCCACCAUCGUGACCCUGGCCUAGUAGGACUACUAGCUUCAACGACAGAGAAACAAGUGUACUACGGUAUCAUAGCUGACGGCAUUCACACGCAUCCUGCGGCCCUUAGAAUAGCAUGCAGAACGAAUCCUGAAGGUCUGGUACUAGUAAGCGACGCAGUAGCAGCUCAAGGCUUGGCAGACGGCAACUACCGUAUCGGGCCGCAAGCCGUUACAGUGGAAGGCGGCCGGGCGUACGUGACGGGCACUAAGACUCUUUGCGGCAGCACCAGUGGACUCGACGAAUGCGUGAUCAUCUUCAAACAGUCUAUAGAUUGUACCUUGGAAUAUGCGUUAGAAGCUGCUUCCUUACAUCCAGCAAGAGCUUUAGGUAUUGAUGACCGAAAAGGCAAACUAGACUUUGGUUAUGACGCGGAUUUUGUCAUCUUACACCCCAAAUCUUUGAAGGUUCUCUCCACUUGGAUCGCGGGGGAAUGUGUUUUUGAACGACCAGAUUCAGAACAAUGAUUGCAGGUAAAUAUGUAUAAUAUGAUAUUACCAGACUAUGAAAAUGUAUUUUAUUUACAGUUUGUGUACAUGUUAAAUAACUUUUCAGUCAUUGAACUUCACAACUGACGGGUUUUAAA